CUAUUGAUCUGCGAAACCGCUCCGAUCAGUUCUAUACAAGAUGGCGUGUUUCUAGAAUGUUACCGGAAAAUUUGUGAAAAAUACCGACAAACACUUUUUAAAUGGCGUAAACGCGAGUGAAAUCAUCUUGUACAGAAUCAUAUAGAAACCCAGCAUCAGUUCCACAGAAGGUUGAAUCCAUGGAGGCCGUUUCAGACAAAAAUGAUGGCCGGCCCAGUCUGGAAACCGAAAACGUCAGUGAUGAGGGUGCGGAUCAAUUUGACGAGAUCAAAUUCGAUCCGUCCCAACUGGACGCUAGUAUACUCAAGAUGCCAAGUAUACCUAAAGAAUUGGGAGCGGAUGAUAUUGACAAAGUCAUUGCUGCACUUACAAAUGUCCCCGAUGUGAAAAUCCACGAUUCUCCGAAGAAAUCCACAUCUUCAUCGCGUCAUAAAUCCGCGAAAAAACGAGCCCCAUCGUCCGAUUACGAUGACAAUGAUUCAAAAAGACGUCGUCAAUCUGGGCAGUUUGAUGAAGACAUCCCGCUUAAAAGAAUCCCUAUUGGUUUGUUACGAGGGCGGUCCAGAGGCCGGCUGAGGAUACGAGCACGCGGGGCAGGACGUGGUAGAGGAUACAUAUUGGAGCAGGCAAGAGGUCUGUUCGGAGGUCGUAGCAAUAGAAGCAGCAGAAACGCUGCACCCAUCAACAGUCGAGGAGCUGAUCUGGCCCGGGGGGUGUUCCCUGUUGCCCGGGGGCGUAAUAUAUUCCCAGAGGAUGAAGAGGGCGGGGAGUUUGGGCGGGGCAGAGGUCGGUUUGUUCGAGAGAACGCCUUAUUUAAAAGGUUCAAACAACAACACAGACCAGAUGAGUUGGACGAGUACGGAGAUAGGAAGACAAGAAGUAGAACUAGAAGUAAAACUAGAACUUUAUCUUCUUCAUCUUCCAAGUCAAGAUCUUCUAGCUCAAGUUCAUCUUCCGACUCAGACUCUUCCCCAAGGAGGAAGAAGAAAAAGAAGGAGAAGAAGAAAAAGAAGAAGGGCGGGAGUGAGAAGAAGAAAAAGAAGAAAAAGAAGCAAGACAAAGACUCCACUGACGAAGAGAACGACACGGACUGGAGAGUUACACUUCUCAACAGGAUGAAAAAUAUCAAAAAUCUUCCACCAGAGCAGCUCGAGGUAGAGUUUAAAAAAGCAAUGGCCGAGAAACGAAAGAAGGAAGAAGAGGAGAAAUACAGAGAAUUGAUAAAACAUCGGCAAAAGUUGGCUCGGAAGGUGAAGAAGGAAAGUGAGAAAGCAGCAAAGAAAGCUGCCAAAGAGGAGUUAAAGAAGAAGGAAAAGGAAGAUGAGAACCGAAGUUUCUACGCCGGAGUACCAGAGCCUCCAGAGGGUCGGAGGAAGUUUACUGAAGCAGUGUCGGAGAAUGAGGAAGAGGAGAAGGAUGUGAAACCAAACCCCACUGGAUUGAAUCCCUUCCAACCCGUCUCAUAUCCGAUCUUUAAAUCAUCUUUUGCGGAAGUGUCAGCUGAUGCCGUUAAAGAUGAGGAGGAAGAGGAUCCGUAUAUUCGAGCUCUUGAUGAACACAACAGAAGAAAACCUAAGGAAGAGAAUAUAGAUGAUGUAUCCUGGCCUGCUGGUGCUCUAGAGGAGGGAGGACUAGAUGAGGCAGAAAUUCAGGAGGGGAAGGAGGAACUCCGAACACAGAUGGAUCUAGAACAAGAACAGGCCAGGCAGGCUCUAGACGAUAGGACCAAACAUGUCGUGAACGCGAGCAAGAUGUUCAGUAAGAUCCGGAACCGGAUCAAGGGGAAACCGUUGAAAAUAAAUUUGAAGAUGAAUAAACCGGUUGAAGAGGAACCAGGACUUCAACCCUACACAGAAGAAAAUACCCCUGGGGACGGAUUAUCUGAAGGGGAGAAGGAGGAGAACUGGUAUGACGAGGAUACUACGGAAUACGAUUUCACCGGAAGGGAUGACAUUGACCUUGUGAGACGGAUGGAGAGGAUGAGAAGGAAGAACAAAGAGGUUCAUGAUCCUGGAGAACUGGAGGACGGGGAGAGAUCUCCUAGUCCUACUCUCGAACGUCCUCAUCUCAGGAGAAGGAGGCGGAUGAAAGUUAAAGAGAGCCGAGAUGGAACCCCCCUACUAGACGAGAAGGUGGUUGUGGAGGAGAAGGAGGAAGGAGAACUAGAUAAUGAUGGAACACCAACAUCUUCUCCAAGAAGUCGAGCUCCCUGGAGAUCAGGACUACCUCCCCCUACUGUAGGAGCAGCUCUACCCUUCAUAGAUACUAGUGUUCCUCCUCCAAACCUUACAGUAGGCUUUCCUCCCUUUAGACCUGGAUACAACAAUCCAACCCCUUCUAACACCUUUAACGUUCAGGAUAAACCACCCAUAUACGAUCCUUACUCUGCCCCGCCCCCUAGAUUCCCCCUGGUUCUGCCCGCGGUCCCCCCUCCCGUGCCUGUUCUAAACCCUGAGCUUCUAUCCCGUACAGGUUCAAGACCUGCUCUUCUUGGAGUUCCUCCUCCUAGUAUGCAACCUGGUUAUGAUUCAUUCUCCAGGUCUUCUUCAGAGAGAGACAGGUAUGGAAGAAGAUAUGAUGAUAGACGCGACGACUUUGAUCGAAGAGAUGAUAGAUAUAAUCGCUCACGAGAUCGUGAUCGAUAUGAGCGAGAUCGACGGGAGCCAAGUGAUAGGAGAGACCGUCGCGACGACCGGCGGGACGGUCACCAUCAUCGUCAUUCUUCUGACAGGCGAUCUUCAGAACGAACAGACGAUUACUCUCGGAGCCGGCGAUUAUACCGUGGAGAAUCUGAUGACGAUCAAACUAAACAAGAAGAUGGAGCUUUUGAUAUUACUAAGAUUACUCCUAUUAUGAAGUACAUUGCCAAACAUCUUGAAGAGGCUAAGUACCCUCUAGAGCUUAGAGGACCCUUUGCCUUCAACCAUGAUUCUCCAGGUCUGUCAAAGCAUUUAUUUGUCGCGUUUAAAAUGGUUGAGAUCCUGGAAGCGGCGGGGUACGACCAAGGAAAGAUGUACAUGCAAGCCAUGUUCCCCAUGGGGAUGGGAGACACAAAGAAGGAGAUAAUUGAGAAGGCCACAAAGGGAUCAUUACAUCCAGAGAUUAAUGGACCGAAGCUGGUGAAGAUGUGCGUCAGAUCAAUUAAAUGCUUUAUUGCAUACUUCAGUGGGAAAAAGGAUGAUAUUAAGAGUAGCGAUGAUGAAGAGGGUGAAGAUGAUAAUGAUCGGAGUAGCAGUGGUAGAGAAACUAGAACUGUGAACACAAGUCUCAGUGCCAUCCUUGGUAGGAUUAAGGAGAGUGCGGGAGAAGAGAUGAAUCCUGACUCCGACCCUCUCAAUAGGGUUUUAGAGACACCCAAUUAUAAUGUCAAGAAACCGGGGUUAGCAGAGAUCCCUGAUACAAUACACAACCAUUGGGAUACAAUGGAUACUCAGAUCAGAGCUGAUCAUCUGAAAUCUUUCACUGGUCUUCAGAAUCACUUUAGUAAACAGUUGAUGGGAAAAGGAUUGGAUCCCCGUGAUGCUAGAGAUGAAGCUGCGAACUGCAUGAUGUGCCUUGUAGUCACAGGAUGGAGUGACAGUAUGCUUCGUGAGAUGGUUACCAGGUUCAAGAAGACGAUAUUACCGGAGCAGAACGCAUUGGAGGAUCGAAGAACAGGGUCGGAUAGAACCUUGUUUGAUCAGAUGGUGGAUUUGAUGCUGAAGCACCAGGCUGAGUUCCCUUGGGCCGUGAUGCAGCAGAUAGAGCAGGAGGAUAAUCCCAAGGAAGCAUUGCUCAAGCGUGUUCGGAACAUUGUUGAAAGAAUGUUGAAGUUCUAUAUGCGGGGUUGUGGGAAGCUUCAGGAGGGUCGAGAACAGUUCACAACACAACCCAAUGCUCCAGGAGAUUAUCAGUUUAAUUAUCUUCCCGAGGGGUUGAGAGAGGAUGAGGUUAAUUCAAGUCACGUGACCCCAAAGAAGACUGAGAAUAAUUUCUUUAAUAUGGAGGCUGCAGCAGUUGCUAAUAGGAGCUUCUCCACCUACACCAAGAGACACAGUGUGGAUGAACCUGGUCAGGACUGGGAACCAGUUUCUCCAGAUAACGGAGAAAUUAUUAAAGGUGCGCUUCCUAAGAAAAAAUACUUAUUUGGAACUAUGUACAUAGACACACUGCAGUACAGAGGCUCUAACUUUGUGUACGAAAUUGGUCUGUACAUGUCAGACACUUCAUCCUGCGAAGUGAACAUAGUUCCUACUAACUUGUACAAUCAGAGGAGUGUACUUGAAAUGUUGGGUUUCUCCUUUAACCCAGAGGAAGGGAAGUUUAUAUUUGUAAAACCUGGAGGAGGUUUCCAGAAAACCUACGGAGAAAAACAAGGGUUGGAGAAGAUUAUGCAGUUCCUGAAAGAGAAAAGAUACGAAUCUAAAGGGGACAGUAAAAACGCAGGUUUAGUUCUCACCACACAAAGCACAGAAGAAUUAGCAACCUGGGAAAUGUUUUCCAGGUUUCACAAGGUUGAUAUGGAGUUGGAUAAUAUUGUUGCCGGAUAUGGAGUCCUUGAUCUGUUUAUUGAAGACUCCCAGGGUGCAUAUAGUUAUGUUGGACCCAAGAUGAACCGGGAGCCGGAUAAAACCUUCUUUACCUGGGAGUAUAACCGGUCCGGUCGCGCCAGUGAGAAUAUGGCGGGAACAAAGGCGGGUUCAGUUUUUAAGAUUUUGGAGGAUUUACUGGAGGCUGCUCCAGAUUAUGAAAACUUUUUCAGACAAUACUGUUUCCAGACCUCAGAUUCAAGGUUUGAUGAGCUGAGACGCCGUCAGAACAUUAUCAAGGAUCUGCACACAUUAGAGUGCUUCCUCUCCGAGUCCUUGAACGAGAGAACUAUGAGAAGAAAGAUAUAUACCGGGGGUAUAUUCUAUCCUGGAUCCACUGCUGAACUAGGAGACAAACCGGGACUCAUUGCAGCCAGAUUUAUCAGGUUGAUGGUUGCGUGUGGAUUGAGUCGACCUGCUCUACGGGAUCGGGCUGCAGAGUGCAGGGAGAGAGGAGCAGAGUUUAUCCUGCCGUUGGAACCGGUUCUCAAGGGUCUACGUAAACAGGAGGAGAAGGAGAAAUGCAGAGAGCAGAUCUACCAGCUGACAAAAGAAACAGAACAAUUCUUGAUGAACAAAUAAUCCUAGGAGAAACUUAUCCCAGAUCCUUAGUUGAAUUCGUCCUGGAACAAACUUCUGCCUGCAAAUCUAUAUUUUAGUUCAAGAAUUCACCACUAAUCCUAUUCGUGGCGCUGUUUGUUCGUCAUUUUGCUCGAUUUGUUUUAAUUUUUGGAGAAAACUUGUGAUUUUUUGCCUGCACAUAGGCACUGUGUUCAGAACUUAAAUUGAGAUAUUUUUUUUGCUAAAAUACAUUGUAAAUCACCUUUGGAAAAUACUACCCCUACUGAUAUUUGUUCUAUAUUGUAAACUGGAGUAUAUAAUAUCGAGUGCAGUGAAUAUGUUUAGACUUGAUCUUUAGUCUUAACUGUUUAUCUAUUUUCAG